AUGUCUUCAAUGGAUCCUACAGUUGGUGCUCAAUACCGCUGGUCUGCCGCCUUCGCGCCAAUCUGGAAUCGCUUCUUUGGUUUGAUGCAAGGCUGGAUCACCGUCUUCGCUUGGAUCUGUUGUUGCACGUCGAAUGCAGCGCUAAUAUCGAAUAUCGUCACCGCUAUGGCCUACUUCAAUAAUCCAGAUUACGUGGUUCAGCGGUGGCACACGACACUCAUCAUGUGCGCUUCGACAAUAGUUCCGUUCAUUGGAAACCUUUGGCUUCCUAGAAUCAUCAACGUCCUCGAGACAGCGGGAGCAAUAUGCCAUGUUGCCUUCUUCUUUGCUGGAAUCAUUACCUUGGCUGUAAUGGCAGAAAAGAGUUCCAUGGAAUAUGUGUUCCAGACCUUGACCCACGACAUUAGUGGCUGGAGAAACCCCACGGUGGCCUGGGGUAUAGGGCUAAUCACUGCUGUAUACCCGCUGGCUGGUUUCGAUAGCGUCAUCCACAUGUCCGACGAAGUCAAGCAAGCACAUACCCGGGUACCGCGCUCUAUCAUAUUCACGGUCGCAAUGAACGGUCUCAUGCAACUUCUUUAUAUGAUCACCGUUCUCUUCACGAUUGGAGACGUGGAUCGCGCCUCCGCUUCGCCUCUACCAAUUAUCGAAGUCUACUAUCAGGCCACGGGAUCUAAAGCGGCCACGAAUUUGUUUAUGUUCAUGUUGGUCUACAUAAUCUUUGUAUCGUUCUUCAACAUAUUCGCCUCGGUCUCUCGUCUCAUUUGGGCGUUCUCAAAGGACGAGGGGUUACCGUUCUCGCUCACCUUUGCCAAGGUCCACCCAGAGCUGAGGGUACCGGUUAAUGCAUUGUGCCUCAGCGGCCUCUGCGUUUGUAUCUUGGCUCUUAUCAACAUCGCUUCGAGUACUGCGUUCAACACUCUUAUAUCUCUCCCCGCAAUGGGCUUGUACCUGUCGUACUUUCUACCCAUCUUGUUCCUGCUCUGGAGUCGGACGAUGAGCGCGAGGCCAUUGCCAAUUCCAUGGGGUCCAUUCAAGCUGGGAACAGCUGGCGCAUACAUGAAUGCCGGAGCUUUGUGCUACAUCGUCUUCACCUUUGUUUGGAUGCCACUACCCACUAUCCUCCCUGUGGACAGGUUCAACAUGAACUAUGCGGGGCCGAUUCUAGGUGCGAUCAUAUUAGGCGCUGCUGUAGACUGGUCAUGGAAGGGGAGAAAGAGGUUUCAAGUGCCAGUUGCGAAUCGAGGACCUCAGUGA